CGACACAUCAAAUUUUAGGCCGCCAUCUUGGAUUAUAAACGGAUAAUAUAGUGGCUAUAUUUUUCCGGGAUUGGCUGGACAUAUGAUGGUCAUGAAGAGAUCUUCGGAUGCAGAGACACAUGUUAAAUCUAAACGGGGUCGUUCUAGGGCUGACUUGGAUGAUAACGGUGUUCGAGAACGAUUUUCGUCGCCGGAAAGCGCGCGGGAUAGUGGUUCCCCCGUGCAACGACGAACUACAUCUCUUCCACGAAAGCACUCGGAUGAAAGGACGUACAAAAGAUCCGCUAUUAGUAACAUGCGCAACGACAACAACUAUCAGAUACAACAAAGAAGAGUUGACAGAGACCCGGAGCCACAAAUACGAUUAUCAAAUCUUGCUAAUCACAUAGGAGACCAGCCUAUGAAGGAAAGCAUUUUUCACGAGUUCAAAAAAUUCGGUGAUAUAUCGGUUCACUUGUUUGGUCGCGGCAAUGAUCGCUAUGCAGUUUUGUAUUUUCGAUCACUUGAUGAUGCAAAGGAGACCAAAAGAGCCCUAGAACGUCGCAGUAGAACCAUUUUAUUUGAUCGUCCUUUGCGGAUUGAAUAUAAUCUGUACCCUGAGAGAACUUCGAAUCAUAGCCCGGGAGACUACUACCACAGAUCCGCUUCGCCAGUUCGUUGGAAGCAACGUGCUUCAAAUCCUCCACCAUUUGAGUUCGACCGUGGCCGUGGUGAUUAUGAUCGCAGGAACAGAGGAGGUGGUAAUUUCACCCCACCGCAACAAGAGUAUAUACCGCCUGAGGAAGACCCUAAAGCUACAAGGACCCUUUUUGUGGGAAAUCUAGAAACGGGGAUUUCGUGUCAAGACCUUCGCCUGUCGUUCGAGAAAUUUGGUGUUGUUCUCGACGUGGAUAUCAAACGCCCGGCCCGUGGUCAAGGGAACACGUAUGCGUUCGUCAAGUUUGCUGAUCUCGACGUGGCUGCAAAAGCAAAGUGUGCAAUGCAAGGCCAAUGUAUUGGUAGGAACCACAUUAAGAUUGGUUACGGUCGCAGUCAACAAACCACUCGUCUUUGGGUUGGAGGUUUAGGGCCAUGGAUUUCGAUACCAGAGCUCGAGCGUGAGUUCGAUCGCUUUGGUGCUAUUCGUCGCAUCGACUAUCGCAAAGGGGGCGACCAUGCCUAUAUUCUUUACGACAGUUUGGACGCAGCUUCUGUUGCCGCUCGCGAAAUGCGAGGUUUUCAGAUGGGUGACCGACGGUUGAGGAUCGAUUUUGCGGACAAAGAGCAAGGUAUGAAAGACUACGACCCUUCGUUUUACGGUGGCCGCAGGGGUGUCAGUCCCUCACGAGCACGCAGCAACGACGUUGAUCGCAUUAAUGAUUUGUACUCUCCGCCACAAGAUGGAGACUUCAGAGAUGACAGAGCUUUUGUGGACCCAAAAGACGACAAUCUUCGCGAUUUCCGUAGGGAAAGAAGAGAAGGAAGCAAUAGCUUCAACAGAAACUGGAGAAAUGAUGAUGGCUAUCAGUCAGGAAAUUACGAUCGACCUGAAAACAACACUCCACAAAGGUCAUUCCCAGAUGACUGGGACAGGCAGGAUCGCAAGGGACCAGGUGUGGAUUCUAAUGAUUGGGACCGGCGUUCACUGGACAAGAUGUCACGAGGCCCCCAGUAUAGGCGCCGGGGCCCCCAGACACCACCUUUGGAAGACUUUGCACAGUUUGAGCGCUCACCCAGCAAGGGCAUGGAUGAUGAAGGACCUCGAAAACGGAGAGGUCAAUAUCGGAAAAGGGACCACCAGAAUGAGGAAAACAAUACUAAACCUCCGAAAACUUCAAGAACUAGCUCACCAUCACCAGAUAAUCCAAAUCGUUCACGUCGCACCUCACCUAAUGCUCGUCGUCACUCUGGUUCAUCUUCUGACAGUCACUUCAGUCGCUCACACACAGGAAGCAAUGCAGGUUUGAACGAAAAUGACCAAGGAAAGAACUCUGAGGAGCAAACCUUGGACAAGAAACCCACGAAGGACAAGAAAGAAAGUGAUGCGAGGACUAAAGAGCAAACUCCAUCUAAAGAGAACCCAAACCCUAUGCCCCCUGGAACAGAGAACCUACAGGAUCUUGCUAAAAGGUUUGCAGUUGCUUGGAAAGGGUCACUUAUUCUGAAGAAUAGCGCUUUUCCAGUGCGCAUGCAUUUGGUUGGUGGAAAUCCAGAGAUUGCUGAUUCACUUAUUCGAAAUGAUGGAUCAACUAAGAGUUCAUUAAGGAUUACUCAGCGCUUGCGACUUGACCAACCUAAGCUGGAGGAAGUUUCUCGUCGUAUCAACACAGCUGGGGCCUCAGGGCACUGCUUGUUACUUGCAUUACCAGGCACACAGAUACAACUGCCAGAAUCAACUGAAGAGUUACAGCACCGUCCACUUCGCAACCUCAUGACAUAUCUUAAACAGAAACAAGCUGCGGGAGUUGUCAAUCUUCCUGUAUCGCCUAGUAACUCAACCAAUGCAAAGGAUGAUGUUGGUGUUCUUCAUGCUUUCCCACCGUGUCAAUUUUCACAUGAGCAUCUCUUACGCAUUGCGCCACAUUUGUCUGCAGAGCCCUCUAAAGAAGAUCAUUUGGUAAUUGUUGUUGUACGGGGAGCAGCUUAAGAUUGUGCUUUGGACGAUUUUGCUUACUGGACUUUAUUCAUGAUGGUUUGAGUAUAAUGUGUUCAGUUGGUAUAAAGCAAUGGACUGGAUGUUUUGCUUGUUGCAUUUUGAAAUGAAAGACUUCAUGAACUCGUUCCAAAGAAUGGCUAGUGCCUUGAUCUAGCAAGAUUUUCAGCAAGAGAGAUAGGGUGCUUACCAGUUUAAUUGUUUUCUAGUCUGAUGCUUUAUUUUUAUGGGGCUCAUUCUAAAGCAUGUACAACUUGGGAUAGCUCUCCAUUUGUCCAUGAAAAAUGAAAACACUUUAACUAUAUUUUACUCAUUUAACUAAACCCCUUAGAAAGAGCCUCAUAUUUUUUUCUGAAAACUUAUUUGAUUUUAGAAUCUUUUUGGAUUAUUUUUAAUAUUUCUCUGGAGUUAGAUUAUUGGCAUAGAUGAAACAAACAUAAUUUAUAAACAGGUGUUGAAGUCUCCUUUUUCUUGUGCCUUUAACUUCCUCUGAUUCCCUUUCUUUUGUUUUAAGCUAACACAGCAAUAUGUCUUUCAAAUUACCUAUUGUAUAUGUGCAUUUCAUUCAGAUCCAUUUACACACUGUUUUGCUUCAAAUUUGAACUGUUCACUCUAGAAUUACUUUGAAGUUAAAUUAUUUUUGUUUCAUUUUGCUGUUAAGUGAUAGUUCUGGAAGUUAAACACAUAAUUCUGUUUCGUGUUUUGCAAAACGUUGCUUUGGUGAUUUCAGCACCUGUUAGCAGCCUAUCCAAACAUUUCUCUUAAAAUCCUGAGUUAUUUUGGCAAAUGAAAAGCAUAACUAAUGCUUUGCAUUUUUCAGAGCAAAAACAAAAAUAUGUAAUUUUUACUCUGAAAUGAUUUUUUUUAUUCUGCUUGAUUUAGUCUCUUCUUGUUGAAGAAAAACAUCUGCUGUUCUGAGAGAUAAUUGCUCCAUCAAAUACACUGAAAGUGAAGCAAGCUAGCAUAUGGAAGUGCUGUAAAAAAUGUUUUAAGGUGAUUUUUAUGUGCCACAGACCAUUGUGAGCAUUUUAGUGAUGUUUCUUUAUUAGUUUGUAGUCUUUCAAAAAAAGACAUAAUAAACCACAGUUGUGGGCAAUACCUAGUGUAGAGAAAAUGUAAAUGAUAGAGUUCAUGACUGCAACAGUAAUUUGUUACAAGAUGCUGCACACUGUAUUGGCAGGGUUCACAGUGAUUCAGGUUUGUAAAAUUAGAUUGUCUGGCUGUCAAAGUUUCAACCCCGCAUUAUGGAGAUCAUCAUCUUGGGUUGGACAGGAUAAAACCUAUCAUUGUAGAUAUAACAAUGACAAAAUGUACUCAUUAAACUUAAAUGGCAAGUCA